AGAAAGUUGAACUCAAGAUUUUAUUAUUCGGGAUUUCAAGUAAAAAUGUCGUCUAAAAAACCGACGCUAGAAAAUGGCUAUCUGGGCGCUCAGGAUGAAAUGAAGGAGGUAGGGUUAACACCAUUAACCCACAAGGAACCGGAAUUCGACAUCUCAGACAAUGAACUGGAGAUUAAGUUUAGUGUCAGCGAUCCUGUGAAAGUUACCACCAAUCUUAUUAAAUGUAAAACGGAUAAGGAUAUAGCUCCGGAUUAUGUGUUUAUCCAGAUGGAACGAGGGGCAGUGAGUUUCUCCUGCAGUUUCCCAGAAUCUGGGUUCUACAAGUUUCAGAUCUUUGCCCUGAGGAAGACGGAUGAUUCCAAAUCUUUGCCAAAUGUUUAUAAUUAUCUGAUCCACUGCAAGCAGGCGAUUAAUCCAGUUUACCCCUACCCCAAACAAUACCUAGAAUUCAAAAAUAACUGUCGUCUGUACGAACCUAAAGUUUUGAAUUCGUCCUGCCGACUCCGAGGAGUUAAUUUCAAGGUUGGUGUACCCAAUGCUAAUAAAGUAGCUAUAGUGAGUAAUGGCGAGUGGACGCAGCUAGAAAAUACAGGAAGCGACAUCUGGGAAGUGAAAUGUAAUUUAGAUCAACACCGAAAUAAAAACGUGAAAGUUACAGUCAAUGCCAACUUCGUCGACGAUGAAACUAAAUAUUCUACACUUUUGGAGUAUAAAAUUUAAAGAAUGGCUCUACUCAACCCUGGACUACUGACUAGAUAAUCUAGUCUAUACAGUGAACAAUUACGGAGUUAUCUACAUUUGAUUAGAGUUACUUUCCUUUAAUUGGAGUUUUAUCCUUUUUUAAAUUUUACGCUUGAAAAAUGAAAACUUAUCGCGACAAGGCAAUCUAGACUACUUAUGGAUCAUUCCUGAUUCAGUCAUCGCUUUCAAUUUGCUUUUAAAAAACAUCUUGACCACUAGGCUACGCAAUUUGACCUACUUAAUGCAGAGUUACCUGCCUUUAAUUAGAGUCAUAUCGCUUUUUUGAAAAAAGAACAUCUAUACUGUUGAUGAUUUUAUGGAGUUACCUGCCAUUGCCCUAGCAUAAUCAUUAUUCUACGUUUUUAAAAGAACAUUUUUGACUUCUGCGUAGUGUAAACCACUCAUGGAACUUUCUUUGUUUAUUCCUCUGUGAAGAUUUGAUCAAGAAACUCAACUGAAUUUGAUGUGUAUAAUUCAAUAGUUGCCUUCCUUUGUGAGGGCUAAAUAAUUUUUAUACGCCCUGUAAUCUCAAUCUUUAGUUGCAGUGAAUAAACCUAAGAAUUUGAACUUU